UCAUUCAAAGUACAUAUCAUUGUAAUGUUACAGCAUUGUGUCCAGUUCCACAAACCUUACAAUGCUUAUUGUGACACGGAUAUGAUUAUAUAACAUCAAGGUAACCCUUCCAGUUUCUCUUUCCCCGUCGGACAGUGUAACACAAGUCCUGGUUACCUGAAAAGGUGUUUUUAAGGGUGGGGACGGCGGGUAGGACAUCCUGCAUUCCCACUGUUUUGUUUGCUAGCUAAAUCUUGUGCAGGGGAUUAUUUCUUGUGUUUUUCUGUGCUAGAACUAAUUGUUGUAAUGCUCAGUCCGAGUGUUCGUUGUGACUGUUAGCAGGAGGAAAAACGCGACGUUCUCUGCGCGCGCUCUGGUCCAGCGCUCGUGCACAGCUGCAGUCGCCCGCGGCGCAUCUCAAGUGCUUCAUUUGAACACGUUGACAGACUGUACAAAAACAGGUCGACACUGGCUAAUCUCCAGGCUGAGAGCGGUAAGAGUCAGAACGAAGUUAUUAAAAAAAUUUUUUUUUCACAUUUUCUUUAAAAAAUGAACAAGCACUGCACUAAAAUAGUUUAAUACAAGCCAGAUAAGCAGUUAUAUGACCUACUUUGUGGCACCUGCGAAGUGACGCCCAUAGUUACCUGUAUUGAAAACAGCAACUUCACAUAACGAGGCAGACCAAGAGGAGUGAUUAACUGACCACAAAAAAGGGGGCAAACAGAAUAUGGCAUCAGCACAAAACGAGUCUGAUGAAGAACAUGAUUCACAGGAGCUGAGGAUUAUGCUGCUGGGAGUCUGUGGAGCGGGAAAGAGUUCAACCGCAAAUGCAGUACUGGGUCGAGAGGCAUUUAAAGAGAGCAGAACCAGAGAGAGUGAGAAACAGACAGGAAGAGUAGAAGACAGAGACAUCUCCAUCAUCGACACGCCAGGAUUCUUCAACACUCACCUGACUGAUGGAGAGAUGAAGAAUGAGAUGAUGAAGAGUAUGUUCCUCUGUUAUCCUGGUCCUCACCUGUUCCUGCUCGUCAUCAACCUGAAGACCUUCAGAGAGGAGCAGAGGAACCUCGUGGAGCAAGUUCAGGAAAACUUUGGAGAAGAAGCUUUGCUGUUCACAAUGGUGUUGUUUAUUGGACGAGAAAAAGUAUCCAAAAGAGAAUUAAAUCAAAUAAUUGAAAGUCAAGCAACACAGAAAAUACUGAACUACUUUGAGGGAAGAUGUCAUGUGAUAAACAGCAAAAGUGAAUGUGAUUCCAGACAGAUCAUAAAGCUCCUGAACAAUAUUGAUAAAAUAGUGAAUAAUAAUGGAGGACAACACUACAGUAAUGAGAUCUACCUGAAGAAUCAGAGGAAAGUCAGAGAGGAGGAGAGGAUGAAACAAGUAGAAAAGAGACUCAAACAAGAAGAAGAGAAAAUGAAACAAGAGCAGGCGAGGAGAGGACACAUGGAGAUGAAGAAAAUACAGGAAGAUAGUGGGACAUGGAAGCGGAAAGGAGGGAUAAAUCAAGAGGAGGACAUAACAAUGAGAAGCAAAGAGGAGGGAAUAAAAGAUGACAAUGAGAGGAAAAGAGAGAAUGUUAGUAAGAAGAAAACCAAAUAUCUGAGAGAAAACGGAGCUGCUGUUCAGGAAAAUCUCAGGAGACAGAUGGAAAGUCGGAGAGAGAAAGAAAGACAGAGAUGGAAACUAGAAAGAGAAAAUCCAUCAAGACCAGCAGAUUUGAGGAUCAUGAUUCUUGGUAAAUCUGAUGUGGGAAAGACUGCAACAGCAAACACCAUCCUGUGUAGAAAUGCAUUUCAAGCAGGGGCACAAUCUGAUACUUUAACCUGUGAGAAACAAGAUGCAGUAGUUUCUGGAAGGAAUAUCUCAAUCAUUGACACUCCAGGACUGUUAGAUGCUCAGAUGUACAAGCACUUUCAGGAUGAACUAAAGCGGGAUAUCGAUAAAUGCUUAGAAAUAUCUGCUCCUGGUCCUCAUGUGUUUCUGCUGGUCAUCAGACUGAAUGGGGAAUACACAGAAGAGGAGAAAAACACAGUCAAAUGGAUUCAGAAGAACUUUGGAGAAGAUGCAGUACGGCACACUUUUGUUCUGUUCACUCACAUGGAUUUGCUGAAGGACGAAUCAUUGGAUCUGUAUAUCAGAAAAAGCCCUGAUUUACAGCCACUGAUUGACAGCUGUGGAAGAAGAUUUCACUCGUUCAACAAUCAGCACAGAAACAACCAAGUUCAGGUGACAGAACUGCUGAAGAAGAUUGAACAGCUGAUUAAAGACAAUGGAGGACAACAUUAUUCCAAUGAGACGAGCCCAAAGAAGAAACAAGAGGAGAUAAGACAUGACAAUAGUCAAGAGGACAUAGAGAAAUUCUUACAUGAACAGAAAAGAGAAACAGAUGAACUCUUGACACUCAUGAUGAGUCUUGAGAUGAGUGAGAUGGCUCAGAGAUUGUCACAAGUGAGAGCAAUGGCACAGAGCAAUCUGUCAAAACAAGAUCUGAGGAUUGUGCUGCUGGGUUUUCUUACAGCUGGUAAGAGUGCAACAGGAAACACCAUCCUGGGCAAAAAUGUGUUCAGAGAAAGUUUUAUGACAACUACUAGGAGAUGUGAGAAACAAGAAGCAAUGGUGCAUGACAGGAACAUCUCAAUAAUAGACACUCCAGGCCUGUUAGAUCCAUUCUUAUUCAGGCACAUUCAAGAUCAUAAUGAGUCUGAUAUUGAGAAAAGCUUAGAAAUGUCUGCUCCUGGUCCUCAUGUGUUUCUGCUGGUGAUUGGCGUGGAAGGAUUAGCAAAGGUGGAAAAGAACCCGGUUAAAUGGUUCCAGGAGAACCUUGAAAAAGAUGCUUUAAAUCACACUAUUGUUCUUGUCACCCAUGCUGAUUUGCUGGAUGCACUGAUUGACGAACCUCUAAAUGAGUAUAUCCAAAAAAUCAAGGACCUCAAAUCACUUAUAGACAGCUGUGGUGGCAGAUAUCACUCAUUUAACAACAAGGACAGAAACAAUCGAGGUCAGGUCAAAGAGCUGCUGGAGAAGAUUGAUGAAAUGGUGCAGGGAAAUGGAGGAAGGCACUACACCAAACAAAACAUAUUUAAAAGAGAAACAGGUGGUUGUGAGAUACAAUAAAACCCAUUAAGACGAGGAUCAUACUUAAUUACUGCUACAGUGGUCAUUCUGAGCCUUAUUGAUUUUCUUCAGUUUAACAUAUUUAAGCCACCAUCUGUUAUUUAUCAAGAAAACCUGUGAAGAGAUCUAACAAAGGUAUACCUACCUAUGCAUUAAGGAGAAAAAAGUCAGGACUAAUCAAUAUUUAAUGGUCCAUUCAUUUACAAUAAGAUUGUAUAAGUGUAUACGUCACGAUUUAGUCAUUCAUAAUGGGCCACCUUGUUCCUGCUAUGUCAGAGUACUUUUACUGUCUGAAACAAUUUUUUAGUGACAUGACAUUCAGCCAAGUAUGGUGACCCAUACUCAGAAUUCAUGCUCUGCAAUUAACCCAUUCAAAGUGCAAACACACACACACACACACACCCUGAGCAGUGGGUAGCCAUUUAUGCUUACACCCAGCGUUUGAUUUAGUAGAGCUCUUGACCUUGUUGAGUUGCUUCAUUUUCAAGAAUUCCAGAUGUUUUCAAAAAAAAAAUUCUGUGUUGAUAAAACAGCUCAACAUGUCUGUUUUAGCAGCAGACAAAUGACUGCAUUAAACUGUUUUAAAUAACUAAACCAAGGUGAAAAAAAUAUCUUGUAAUGCUGUUGUUGCAUUUCAGAUACUGAACAUUGAUAUGUAUAAAUUCAUUGGAAAAAAAACUUUGGAGUGUAUAAAUACACAUUUUUAACUUUUUGUUUAAUAUGUGGUUUGCGUCAUUAAUACACUCACAGACAUCAAUGUUUAGUAUGAAUCACAACAAUGGUGACAUACUUCAUACCAGCACACAAAACACAUUCAGGGGUUCCAGCAUGCAUUGCUGCAUUUUUUUUUUUUGUCACCAUUGUUCAGGUUUGUAUGAUGAGUGCUGAUGUCUAAGUGUAUUAAACGUCCUAAAUGGUUUUGUAAAAUCUUACAGAACUUAGUUUGUAAAAGUUAAUUAUUUUAUUUACAUUUGAGAUUAUUAUUUUCUUCCCAUAUAGCAUUUAAUUAAAAUAGUUGUCUAAACUAUUUUAAAUUAGUCCUUUUGCCUGUUGUCUGUUAAAACUGACCUGUUGAUUUGCUUGUUCAAUGCAAAAACGUUUUCUGAAACACAAUUGCUGCAAAAAAAGUUGUUCAGAAGAAGUCAAGAGAAAUGAUCUCCAUGAUGGUGACUUUAAAUAAAAGAAAAAUCAACAAGAGGUCAACAUCCAAUCCUCUGUUAAUUCUCAAUAAGCACUUUUGUAGAUGUCUUACAGAAAUAAAAUAAACCUGGGUAGUAAUAACUGAAGUUGAUGAUGCUUUUUGUGAAGUUGUUUAAUCAGAUCUCAAGAGAUUUAAAGUAUUGCAUCUUAAGUUCAUCUAAGGCUGUGUCUGAAGAAAGUGUUUGAAUGAUUGAAUGAUUCAGGAUCACCCUACUAAGCUUUAAAUAAUAUUCUAAUAACAUUAAGGAAACUGAAUAUUGUUAUAUUCUUGGAAUGUUACAAAUCAGUGUUCCUAGAAUUUUGAAUUUUAAAUAAAAAAUAAGUUCACAGAAAAUUUGAGGAAAAUCAUACCUUUUAAAAGCAUCAAUAUAACUGGACAUUUAUAAUGUUCCUAGAGCCAACACUGUAUAUUAGCAGAACUUUCUUUUAACAAAAAUCUGUUAAUUUAGUUUCAUAAUUUUCUAAAAGGCUCUAAACGUCAGUUGUCUCAUACUGUUGCUUAUUAAUAUGAUUGCUAAAUAUGCACAUGACCUCAUACACAGUUGUGUGGUUAUUUAUGUUUUGUCCCGGUUUCAAUCUCUAUUGUUAACUCUUGUUGUGUAUUUUAUUGUCUUUUUUAAUAGUUCAACCAUUGUUUUUAAAGUCCUUUAUGUUUGCUUUCGUCUUGUCUUUGUCUAGUGCUGUCGUAUGUAACAUAUUUGUCAUCCUAUAAAUGUCUUGUCAAGGCUUAAAACAGAAAUUUUAAUCCAGUCCUAUUUAUUUUAGUUUCUUUGACGCUUUGUGAUCAUUGGGUCACAUCUACUCUUUAGCAGCUCAAACGUUUUAAGUUGCUUCAGAGCAAUAAAUUAUAUAGUGUUCCCAGAAGCUCAA